UUUAGGCCGUGCACGCUUUGGCCUUUUGUUCUAAGAGACGAUGUUUUCACAACAAACGUGACUAAUCUGUUAAUCUCCUAUGACAAUUUAAUUACGUUGUUUUAAUAAAGUCACAUUAAUUUGCACUAACACGAUUAUCACCUUGUGAUUCAGAUCACAACGAGAGGUAUUUUGGCGCCUUUUUCAAAAUGGCGGCUCUCACAUGUUGUCACUUGCAACACUUCGUUCGUCUGCAUUGAAGAAUAUUCAGCGAAAUCUGGUCUCCUGAGGACACUAGACAUGAACUUUUCUGAGCUGUUUAGACAAUCACAUCAUCUGUGCAAAUUUUCGCCUGAUGGCAAAUACUUGGCAUCAGCCACAGACUACAGGCUCGUGAUUCGAGAUGUUGAAACAUUGCAAAUACAACAUCUGUAUUCCUGUCUUGAUGGCAUCCAGUGCAUUGAGUGGUCAGCUGAUUCUGAUUUCAUCCUCUGUGGAAUGUUUAAGAGAGGCAUUGUGCAGGUAUGGUCCAUAGAACAGCCAGAAUGGAACUGUAAGAUUGAUGAGGGCUCGGCAGGGCUGAGUGCUGUACGAUGGAGCCCUGAUGGUCGACAUAUCCUCACAACAGCUGAUUUUAAUCUUCGAAUCACAGUCUGGUCUCUCGUUACCAAGUCUGUGUCCUACAUCCGAUAUCCAAAGCAAUGUGAAAAAGGCAUUGACUUCAGCUCUGGUGGGAAGUACAUGGCCCUGGCCGAGAGACGAGACUGCAAGGACUACGUCAGCAUCUUUGCCUGUAGCACCUGGGAGCUGGUCAAGCAUUUUGAUACGGACACAGAAGAUCUGGCGGGGCUGAAGUGGUCCCCAGAUGGGCGGGUCCUGGGAGUGUGGGAGUCACCAGUCAAUUACAAGAUGCUGAUCUACUCCCUGGAUGGGCGUUGCCUGGCAACCUACACAGCGUAUGACUUUGCACUUGGCAUCAAGAACAUUGCAUGGUCACUGUCCAGUCAGUUCCUCGCCAUCGGCAGUUUCGAUGAAAAGGUGCGGAUUCUCAAUCACAUCACCUGGAAGAAGGUGGCGGAGUUCUCCCAUCCCUCCACAGUCGAGAACAACAAUGUUGUCGUGUAUAAAGAGGUUGAGACGCGGGCUCCCAUUCCAUCAGCAGAGUUACCCGCCCCUACUACAACACUGUUCACCGCACAGAGUAAAUACGAUGUUGAGGCAACACCAGCCAAACUACCUGUUGUGAAACCAGCCUCCAACAAGGCCAACCCCAAGCUGGGUGUGGGAACGGUGGCGUUCAGUCAUGACUGUAAAUACAUGUAUACCAAAAAUGACAACAUGCCGAACGCGCUGUGGAUCUGGGAUGUUCAGAAACUCACACUGUCUGCCGUUCUGGUUCAAGCAGCACCCAUCAAGUGUGUGCAGUGGGACAGCAGCCAGACCCGACUAGCUCUGUGUACGUCUACCAACAAGCUGUACAUGUGGUCAGCCAGUGGAUGCUUGUCUGUGGAGAUUCCUGCUGAAGCCUCGUUCCAGGUGAGCUCCUUACAGUGGCACAAGGAAGGCAAAGCCCUGCUGCUAAUGGGGAAGGAACAAAUGUGUGUGUGCUUCGUAACCAACGCCAACAACACACACAAUGAUGAAUGAUGCAGUUGUCUCCCCUUCUGCAGGCAUUAAAUGUGAUAUUUUCGGUGUAUAUGAAGCCUCAAUGUAUACGUGAUAUUCUGUCCUCAUCAGCGUUUGUAUAUUGUAGAAUCAAGGUGUAUAUAGGAGACAGAUCUUCUUUGUUUAUGGUAUAUCUUGCAUCGUAUGUUAUUUGUUUUUACAAAAGCCUGAUCAUACUUGUGAUAUAAAGUACUUAUGCCCAAAA